AAAAAAAAACCUUCCCUCGUUAUCGGAUCGCAUCUGAUUCGUUCUUUCUCAUCACUCUCCUGACAAUUCUCAUUUCCAGAGAUCAGUGAGCGUCUCUGAGCUCCAAAACCGCACGAACCGUACCCACAACUUGCAUUAGAACAUAGAAAUGGAGGGGACAGUGUUCACUCCUGCUUUGGAAGGAAUGAAGCAUGUGAAGUCUGAGGAAGGUGAAAUGCUGGCCAAGCCUUUCUUGGAAGUCUGCAAGCAGAUACUGCCUGUUAUAGAUAAGUUCGGAGCUGCAAUGGCCCUUGUUAAAACUGAUAUUGGUGGAAACGUAUCGAGAUUGGAAUCUAGAUAUUCUUCAAAUCCAUCCGAAUUCAACCACUUGUAUAGCAUGGUGAGAGCAGAGGUUGAAGCUAAAACAGCAAAAGGAUCAUCCAGUUGCACCAAUGGUCUUCUUUGGUUGACAAGAGCAAUGGAUUUCUUGGUGGAAUUAUUUCGCAACUUACUCGAGCAUAGGGAUUGGGCAAUGUCACAGGCCUGUUCAGACUCCUAUGGCAAGACCCUGAAGAAAUUUCAUGGCUGGCUUGCUAGCUCAAGUUUCACUGUUGCCAUGAAGCUUGCUCCUGAUAGAAAGAAGUUCAUGGAUGUUAUAGGGGGCACCGGAGACAUUUAUGCUGACAUAGAAAAAUUCUGCACAACCUUUUCCCCUCUUCUUGAAGAGAAUCACAAGUUUCUGGCUAGCGUUGGCUUGGAUGACCUGAAGGCUUCAUGAGGAAAAUGACUCCUGAUUAGUGGCGACUGCUACAAGUUACCCUGUUUUGUUCGCCUUGUUCCUCUUGAGUUUUGGAUAAUUUAAUUUGGCUUCUAAAGUUUGAGACCUCAUAAAUUAUAAGUUACUUCAACCCAUUCUUCGAAUUACUCCUCCAAAUCUUGUUUUUGUUCAACUUUUGUUUUUACUUUUCCUGAUAAAUUAUAAAGGGUAUUGUUUUUACUUUUAA